AUGGCAACCGACGAGGACUGUUUGGUCCGGCAGGAUGCCUCACAGAACGGCCCGCAGGGCCGAGAGGGGCAGAUCCUGAGAUGUGUGAGGCCAGCAGCUUGGUGGGUGACGACCACAGUGGCAGCCUGCGGGGCAAUUGCAGUGCUCGCGUGCACCUUCCAGGGGGGAGCUGAACGGAAGGUGGGGCUGCCUGUGCUCCGAGAGCUCAACGAGGACGACUUUUUCACGCCCUUUGAUUACGUUGCUGCCAUCAAUCCAACCACCACAGCCCCAGCCAAUCCAGAAGAGGGGGGCAUGAUCCCUCACAUUGAAAAGGGCGUGGAAUUUACAGGUGCUACUCGGUUUGUGUGGAGGAAUGUGUUGAUUCCAUCUGAAUGCUGCGCACGGUGUCAAAAUGAUGCCCGAUGCAGAGUGUGGGUCCUUGACACAGAGACUCAUGAGUGCAGCCUCAAAUGGGUCGAGCCCAAUGGCACCCUGCAGAAAGUUGCCAAACCAACUUUUAUCUCAGGACUACCCUUCCUGUGGACCAAGUCCCGGAGUGUGCUGUGCUUCGCAGUGAUGCGGCCAGAUACCUAUGAGCAAGGCUUGAUAGCUUGGCAGUAUCGAAAGAAGGUAAACAUAUUCGCCUGCGACGAAUGGGCAGUCUAUAGCAGCAGGAAGGUGGAUGUGGUGCCUGGCUUUUUGCAAUCCUCGAUUGUCAACAGCGACCUGAAGUGCGACAUGGGAGGCGAGUUCGGCACGGCACUCAACACUGAGAUAUUCUUCAAGGUUUGGGACAAGGUCUUUGAGGAGAAGCGCUAUUUGUUUCAUGAGUUUGUGGUGAAGGUCGACCCAGAUACUGUCUUCCUUGUGGACCGCUUGCGAGUGGCCAUAGCCUUUCACCAUGACCAAGAUGGUGGGCUUUAUUUCAACAAUUGUAAAUUCGGAAUGCAUGGGCCCAUCGAAGUCUUUUCUCAGAAAGCCGUGGACGUUUGGAAAGGAGGACGCCAAAGAUGCGUCGACCAUUUUGAGAAGCUUUGCUCAGGGCCUUGCCUUUGGGGCGAGGACAUGUUCAUUGACCAGUGCCUUCAGAAGGUUCUCAAAGUAAAGAGAGUGAAUGAUUGGAACCUCAUCAGCGAGGCACAUUGUGACUCUCCCGAUUGGCCAGAGUGCCGCAAUGGCCGUGUGACCUUUCAUCCCUUCAAGGACAGCUGGUUGGCUGGCUGGCUUGCAGCUGAUCUACUGCCCUGGGUUCUGCAAUUGAGUCAGGAAAGCACAAACCUGGAGCUCCAAACGCAGGUGCUUUGGGCUUUAUGCCGCUUUUCAGAGGGCACUCCUGAGCAAACACGGUGCCUUGUGGAACAGGGCGCCCUGCAGCGCCUAAUGCCACUCUUAACCGGUCCGCCGCGCACGCAGGAGCAGGGCAUCUGA